UAAAGAAAAGUGCGGUUAGGCAGAGGUGUGUUAACAGAAGAUUGAGAAAGUUUCCUGCAGAGCCUGAGCUGUUGAUCAUAGUUUCUUCAAGUUGGAGCAAUGCUGUGUCUGAGGAGCUGCUCGAACGUCCGCAGAUGGCUCACCUUUGCCACCGGACUAAUCGAGUGUCUGUGUUUUGCUGGGGCUGUAUUCGGAUGGGCGUCUCUGGUUUUUGUCCUUAAAAGUGAAGGAUAUUUCAGCUCAUUGUGUGUGAACUCCACAGGAAUAAACGGCACCCACACACUAGAUUGCCGUGAACAGGAUGAGCAGUUUUCUCUGGUUUUCACUAUUGCAUCUUUCAUGAAUAACUUUCUGACUCUGCCCAAUGGUUUCCUGUUUGACCGCUUUGGAACUACUGUGGCGCGCCUCUUUGGCAUAUUUCUGUACACUAUGGGCACAUUGUCGGUGGCAUUUUCAUCUGCAGUUCUCUCCAACCUGCUGUUUCCAGCUAUGGCAUUUUUGGCAGUGGGUGGAAUCUUACUCCUAAUGACGAACAUGCAGGUGGGAAACUUGUUUGGUGCUCGCCGCUCCACCAUCAUCACACUCUACAACGGAGCAUUCGAUUCUUCUUCUGCGCUUUUCUUGAUCGUUAAGCUGUUGCAUGAGGCCGGUUUCUCCGUCCGUGCCUUGUUUCUGUUCCUAUCGGCCUGUAGCGUCAUUCAUUUGCUCAGGACUUUCUUCCUUCUACCUCGAAAAUUCAUCCCGUACCCACUGCCCGAGCAAUACACUUACGGGAUUUCCUGUGGCCAGUCCCAGUCUCAGAGUCAAGAGCCAUCCUCGGAGAACGGCUCCAUUAAAGCAUCUUCAGAGGAAAUGCCGCUAGAAACUGACAUCGCUCCAAAACAAGAGAGGAGUUUCCGUGAGUGUCUGCUGUCGCGGUUCUUCUUCUGGCACCUCGUCUGGUUAUCAGUGAUGCAGCUGCGCCACUAUCUGUUUAUCGGGACACUCAACCCUAUGCUACAACGGCUCACGGCGGGGGAACCUUCACUGGUGAGCCAGUACAUCAACGCGUUUGCCGUCACUCAGUUGUGUGGAGUGCUGUGUGCUCCCUGGAACGGGCUCAUCAUGGACAGACACAAGGGCCGACCACGAGCUCAAGGAGAGACUGAGCAGGAGGCAGAUCUCAGAGCCUCGGUGCUGUCCUUGGCCCUGACGGCGUUUCAGUGUUUGUUGUUUUCUCUGUGUGCGACCAUCCCCUCUCUGCCGCUCCAGUACGCCACCUUCAUCCUGCAGGUGCUCAACCGCUCCUUCCUCUACGGCGGCAACGCGGCCUUCAUCAGUGUGGCCUUCCCAUCAUGUCACUUCGGUAAACUGUACGGCCUGGUUAUGGCUCUGUCUGCCCUGUUUUCAAUCCUGCAGUAUCCUUGUGUAACACUGGUAAAACACGUUCUGAAUGGAGACCCGUUUUACGUCAACAUUGGUCUGACCGUCCUGAGUCUUUUGGCUUUCGUUCACCCCAUCUCCGUCUACCUCCACUGUCGCCGUCAAGCCGCAGAGCGAAACAGCAAACUCUAACCUCUAUUUCUACUGCGUUAUUAAGUAGUAGUAUUCGGAAAAAAAUACAUGUGGAGCUUAAAAAGUUACAAAGCAAUGCAAACAGCUCAGGUCGAUACGAAGUUACAUAAAGACCUGGUCAUAGCAAAGGUUGUGUUUGACUAUUACGACAAGCAGAGGUCGGUAGUACUCAGUUAUAUUUACUCCUUUGCAGUAUUCAAGUAAUUUUCAGAGUACUUUUCUACCAGCACACCUUCACUAUGACCUACUUGAGUAAUAUUUUAAGUCUUACUUGAGUAAAAGUUGCAGUUUUUCUUCCCACUGUGAGCAAGUCUACAAGUACGACAAUAUGAAACGACUUGGGUAUUUGUGUUUCUUGCAGCACUCCUUCAGAUGUGAUUUAGUUUGUCUCAUUUUUGUGUCUGUUCCAUAGACUUUAUAUAGAAAUGGACAUAGCUAACCUGCUAGCCACUGCGUUCCAAAUAGGAAGUGAGCGUAGGCGCACUUCCGGCUCCAUUUACUCUGGCUCCAAUUCACUUUACACUGGAAAACUGUGGUCACUCUCUCUGUAACUGCUGCUGUCAGGCUCGUCUUUUUGGUUUUAAAUGUUCGUAUUAACCCGCCCUACAUGAUCCUGGUGUUUAUUUUGCUGUAAAAUGUCAGAAAAAUCAAGAUAUGAACAUUAAUAACAGACAAAUCAGGCGCCUUCUUUCUCCGAGGUCACCCCCCGCUAGCAUUAGCAACAGGUUUGAUUGACAGUUGCUAAGCGGCCGCUCAACACUACAUGAGCGGGGCAGCUGGCAAGGAGCGUUACCUUUAACAGCGUCGCUCCAGAUUGGCUCUUUGGUUGCUAUGAUACUCGCGGUCGGAAUUCAGCUCCAAAGUACGCGCUAUAUCUGCUAGCCUCGAUGAGCUUCAUUUUCCUUGAGCUUAAUUCACUUAAUCCACUUUUUUACACAGUCGAUGGUCUGUUCUUUGAAAAUAGCAGAUUUGGUGCAUUGUUUAAUGUUUUGUCCUGACAGUUACUCUUUAAGUUACUCUUACUUGAGUAGUAGUCGUCCGAAAAACUUUUUUAAUCUUGAGUCAUUUCUUUGACCACUACUUAGUACUUCUACUUUUAUAUAUUAUUUUUGAAGUAACGCUACUCUUACUUAAGUCAACAUUUUGGAGACUCUACCCACCUCAGUAACAGUGAAGCACUUACACUACCAUGUGAAUUGUUGUACUGCCCCCUAUUGCCAUGGUGCUGUUAUUACAACCUCAAAGUGAAAGAAAUGUGAAAAGGGAGGUUGUUUGUUUGUUUUUUGAGAUGGGAGGGACAGGACAGAGUGGAAUUACGCUGGAUUACAAAGGGCCAUAGCAAUUAUAGUCUGUUACUUGUUCGUAUAUGCAAGAGACUAUAUUAUUACCAGUUAUUUUUGUAUGUGUAUUAUUAUAUAUGUAUGUUUUUUUAAUAUUUGAUUUGCUUUGCUACUAAAUAAAAUGUACGUUUUAAUAGAG